CCGCCGCAAUUCCGCCCCUCCCCGCCGCCGUCCCAUGGCGGAGCUCCAGCCCCCCGAAACCCUAGACCGCCCCGCUCCCCCCGGCCCCCUCCUCCCCCGGCGGAUCCCCGGCGGCCGCGGUCCCUCGCCACCCCCGGCGCCGGGCGGCGACGGGGAAUCUCCGGACGAGAUGGAGGCCGACGGCGGCGGCGGCGGCGGCGGCGGCGCGUUUAGCCCGCGCGCGCCGGACGACGGGGAGGGGGAGAAGGAGGUCUCGCCGGAGGAGAACCGGUACGGCUGCUACAGGCGGCCGGAGCUGAGCUGGUGGUCGCCGUGGUGCCCGCGGAGGCGCCUGAUCUGCAGCCCGCUGCUUCUCCCGGCGCCGCCGGUCCGUGAGAUCGUGCCUUCAGGAGUCGGCGCAGGGCUUAACAAUUUGGGGUUCACGUGCUUUUUGAAUGCGGUACUGCAAUGUCUCACUCAUACCGUUCCGCUUGUCCAGGCGAUUCGCGGCUUUGACCAUGCCGAUCCGUGCGAUCGAGGCAGAGAGGGCUUCUGUGUUCUAUGCGUUCUGCGCGACCACAUCGAACUUUGCAUAUCUUCUUCUGGCAGGAUUAUCUCUCCAUUCAAAUUAGCUCACAAUCUGAACAAUAUAUCUUCUGAUUUUCAGAGGUAUCAACAGGAAGAUGCUCAUGAAUUCCAACAUGCCUUGUUGGAUAGACUUGAAAGGUGUUGUUUGGAUUCAAAAGCAGAGGAUGAAAUGUCUACAAGAAGCAAUGUUGUGGAUCAGGUUUUUGGCGGUCGUCUCGUAAGCAAACUACAAUGUUGCAGUUGUGGACACUGCUCCUACACCCACGAGCCCCUUAUUGACCUGAGUCUGGAGAUUGAACAUGCGGACAACCUUUCAGCUGCUCUAGAAUCUUUCACUAAUGUAGAGAAGAUCGAAGAUCCUGAGACAAAGUUCAGAUGUUCAAGCUGCAAUCAAGAAGUAUCGAUGGAGAAGCAGCUUCUGUUGGAUAAGGAACCUUCAGUUGCUGUAUUCCAUUUGAAGCGAUUCAAAACUGAUGGUUUUAAUGUUGAGAAGAUAGAUAAGCACAUGGAUUUUCCUUUAGAGCUUGAUUUGCAGCCUUACACUGGUGGCAGUCGGGAUCACAAUGUGGAAUUCAAGUAUCAACUCUAUGCUAUUGUGGUGCAUAUUGGAAUUUCACCCACUUCUGGGCAUUAUUUUAGCUUCGUUAGGUCUUCUCCAGGGACAUGGCAUAGGUUUGAUGACGCUGAGGUCCAGAAGGUCCAGGAGGAUCUUGUUUUAGCUCAGGACGCCUACCUUCUAUUCUACACAAAGCAGGGGACACCUUGGUUUUCUAGUUUGAUGGAGGCACAGAAACCACAUUUAAAUCCAGACUUGUCUGAUGCAUCACCCACAUCGGUGUUGGAUAAUGUGGAUGUACCUUGCACUUCAUCCCCUGGCAUGACUGAUACUGACAAGCCCAUAUGUUGUGAACCUUCUCGUGUUUCUGAUGAAGAUACCGCCUCAUAUCCUGGUAAUGGUUCUGGGAAUAAUGGCCUUGGUGAAGUUACAGGUGCUGCGGUGGCUACUUUUCCGUCGUUCGAUCACGACUUGGGGAAAAAUGAGGUGGUUUAUGACUUUGGAGAUGAUAUAGCCAUGUUCGAUGCUCCUUUGAGUUCUGAUGAGCGUACUUGUCAUGUUGAAACUUCAUUUAGCGGUAGGGGAGAAUCCACAACCUCAUUUGGUGAGAAAGUCUGUGAGCCUGAAAGUCAGGGUCUGGUGAACAAUGAUGUUUUUCGUCCUCUGACGCCCUUGCGAUCUCCAUCUCGCAGUCCCGCAUCUCCAGAUACUUAUGCCAGGAAAUCAUCAGGAGCAAGUGAUGGAAACUCGCAUCUUCUGAAACCAAAUCGGUCAACUUGUAAACAGCAAUUGAGUAAAGCUUUGGACGAUCCAAAGCGAAGGGAAGCUAUUCGGUACAUAAGGAACAUGCCUUCUUCAAGGGGUCUUAGAUUUUACCAUGCUGUGCUGGGUCCGCAAAGUCCUGGUGCUUCGAAAAAGAAGAUAGACAGAAGAAGAAUGAGAGCAUCUCCUUGUAAGAGGACUAGCCCUCCGAGUGCUCGCCCCAGGUCUAGUCAUGUGCACUCCGUUGCAGCUCGAAGUCGUUGAUAGCUUGGGUUGGGGAAUUUUGUCCGAGAGCUCUCUGACUUCUAAGGUGAUGCCAAGUGGGCAAGGACCAACUUUUCUUAUUGCUAUUCGGUUAUAUGUUCUUUUUCUGUUAUUGAGACAGUAGGCUGCUCUAUGUGGCAUCUUAUGUAUAUGCUAACUGCUGCAUUGGAAAACCAAAGUAGUUCAAAGUGUCAAACUGCGAAAGAGAACUUGCCUGUCCCUUUUCUUUAGUUGGAUAUCACAAAGAGUACUUGGUUCAUAAAGUUGAGAAUAACAAAAGCGUUAGAUGCUGAAUUUGAUCGA